CUCUCUAUAUAUAUACCACCAUAGAGAGAGAGCUUACUGUGGAAGCUUUAGCCUGAGAAGAUGAGUGCUUCAAAGUUCAUCAAAUGUGUUACAGUCGGAGACGGAGCUGUUGGGAAGACCUGCAUGCUCAUUUGUUACACCAGUAACAGGUUCCCCACUGAUUAUAUACCCACAGUAUUUGACAAUUUUAGUGCUAAUGUGGCCGUGGAUGGGAACAUUGUCAACUUGGGGCUAUGGGACACUGCAGGUCAGGAAGAUUAUAGCAGGUUGAGGCCAUUGAGUUAUAGAGGUGCAGACAUAUUUGUCUUAGCUUUCUCUUUAAUCAGCAGGGCAAGCUAUGAAAAUGUGCUCAAGAAGUGGAUGCCAGAACUUCGUCGAUUUGCACCUGAUGUUCCAAUUAUUCUUGUUGGAACAAAGCUAGAUAUACGUGAAGAUAGAGGAUAUGCAGCUGAUCAUAUGGAAUCUAAUUUCAUAACAUAUGCUCAAGGGGAGGAGCUGAGGAAACAGAUUGGUGCAGCAGCUUAUAUAGAGUGCAGCUCCAAGACUCAACAGAAUGUCAAAGCUGUUUUUGAUACUGCAAUCAAGGCUGUGCUUCAACCUCCAAGGAGGAAGGAAAUGGCAAGGAAGAAAAGCCGCAGAAGCUCUGGUUGCUCAAUUGUCAGGGGCAUCGUGUGUGGAGGUUGCGUUGCUUAGGAAAUAUCGAUUUCGUGGUGGAUCGGAGUUGCCUACUUUUAACAAGAAUUGUUGUUUUGCAAAUGCUCUUGGCAUUCAACAAGUCCCAAAUUCUUGAGAAUGGCAAUUAACCUAUUUAAUGUGUAUGCCUGUAUUAGUAACUGGAGCAACGUAGUUUGCUGAUCUUGGAAAUAGCUAUUCGACUUUAUUCUACAAACUGGCAUGAAGAAGAGCAGAGGGAAUUGUUCAUUCUCUCAUGCACUGUGUUUCAUCUCAUAUUUUGCCUACUAUAUGAGCUUAACGUUAUCAGAUCCUCAUUGCCUUCUCACAAGCUUAGAGAAAAUAUUUUGCUUCCUCUCUGUUAAUGAUGUAGUCUGUCAAUAAUUGGACCAUUCAUAGAUCUUAUUCCCAUUUUGACCGUAACUUCUCAACGUUCUAACUUCUCAACUCUCGAUUCUCCAACACUCACUGGAACAUUUGAGAGAAAGCAACGAAAUGAGGGAAGCAAUUUUGCCAAAAUAAACUGCCAGGGGAUAUAGUUUAUUGGCAAUGACUCUGUUUCCUUCACAUUUUGGACGUCUGAACUUUGAAUUCUCUUGGGGCCAUCCCAAAAACCGCAUGAUAAAAGGUUGUCAAUUGGAAUUUUUUUUUUUUUUAUUAUUAUUAUUUGUAAAGAAACUUAAAUUGAGAAUUUGUUUGGUUCA